AGAGGUCUUUUGAGCCAAAUGGGGCAUUAGUUCUUCUGCUUUUCUCAGCAUGGAUAAACCUUUUCCUCAAGGAUUUUCCGAUGUGCCCUAACGUCCAUGUAACAACAAGGGCUCUUUAUCACCACAAGUGCCACCCUGACCCAAAACCACUCAGAACUCAAGAAUCAAGGCAAAAUGGAUGCUGCAGUGACAGAUGAUUUCCAACAAAUUCUUCCUAUUGAACAGCUGCGCUCUACUCAUGCUAGCAAUGAUUAUGUGGAACGGCCUCCAGUCCCCUGUAAACAGGCCCUCUCCAGCCCUUCCCUUAUAGUGCAAACCCACAAAUCUGAUUGGUCCCUGGCUACCAUGCCUACUGCUCUUCCCCGCAGUCUCAGCCAGUGCCAUCAAUUGCAGCCCUUGCCUCAGCAUCUGAGCCAAUCUAGCAUUGCCAGCUCAAUGUCCCAUAGCACCACUGCCUCUGAUCAAAGGCUCUUGGCCAGCAUUACCCCCUCACCUUCAGGCCAGUCCAUCAUCCGAACCCAGCCUGGAGCAGGGGUCCACCCAAAGGUUGAUGGUGCUCUGAAGGGAGAAGCUGAGCCAUCUGCAGUGCACCCCAGUGAGCACCUCUUCAUCUGCGAGGAGUGUGGGCGCUGCAAAUGUGUCCUUUGCACGGCAGCUCGUCCUCUCCCCUCCUGCUGGCUGUGCAACCAGCGUUGCCUUUGCUCUGCUGAGAGCCUCCUCGAUUAUGGCACUUGUCUCUGCUGUGUUAAGGGCCUCUUCUACCACUGCUCCACUGAUGACGAAGACAACUGCGCUGAUGAGCCCUGCUCCUGUGGGCCGAGCUCUUGCUUUGUCCGCUGGGCAGCCAUGAGCCUCAUCUCCCUCUUCCUACCUUGCCUGUGCUGCUACCUGCCUACCCGUGGAUGCCUCCAUCUGUGCCAGCAGGGCUAUGAUAGCCUCAGGCGACCAGGCUGCCGCUGUAAGAGGCACACCAACACUGUGUGCAGAAAAAUCUCUUCUGGUAGUGCACCAUUCCCCAAGGCCCAGGAGAAGUCUGUAUGACCUUCCCACAAAAUGGAUCCAGAGCUUUCUCUUUCUUAGCCCCCAUCAGUAAAGUGCAGGCCUCAUCUUUGAAGAGGGGGAGGAGGAGUAAAGUAGCCAAAGUUAGGGCCUCACCAGUUUUGCUCCUGCAGUGUCAGGGGAAUGGCCAAGUACAUCCUGGUGCAGGAUGCCUUGUUCUUGCUCACAGUAUCUAUCCCACUCCUCUUCAACCUUUUUACACCUUGCCGUUUUAGCCCUGUGGCUGUCAUGGCAAAUUCAGGUGAUAUAUAGGCAUGACAUUUGGACACCGAGGGCUGACAGAGCCCGCAACGUGGAGGUUUAGGGGCUCCCCAAUAUAGUGCCUCUCGAUGCAGGCUCUGAGCGUCACUCUACUUUCCACAGUGCCUUUGGAAACUUUCUUCUAAGAUGGUUUUCACAGGUCCAUGUGGAACAGCAUUCAAUAUUCCAGGGAAUCUGAUCCCUUCUCCCUUGUUUACUGCCCUUCUCUUCUUUAGUCUCUUUUUCUCCCUGUCUCCUCUUGUUCUGUGCUCCUUCCCCCUUCGUUCCCAGUCUCUCUCCUUCUACUUUUCCUCUCUUUUCUUUCUGUCUCCCUUCCUUCUACUCCUUUGCUCCCUCUCUUUCAGACUAAUCCAUUCUCUACCUGUAUUUCUAUCUUGUUUGAUCUAUCUUUGUCUCUCUCUACCUGACUUUCUUUCUCUACUAUGUCCGAAAGUGCUGUUUUUCCAUAGGUGUUUCCUUUGACGCCAAACUUUGCUAUGCUAUACUAUUUACUAAAUUUUAUUAAGGGAAAUGGAUUACUGUAAUGAACUGAUCACUAGCAAUAGUCUAUAUCCUGACACGUGUGUGUGCGCUCAUAACCACACUCACCUGUUUGUGAGCAUAUGAGGCAAAAUCAUCUUACAUUUCCAGGUUUAACUAGUUGGAGUUUUACUCCCUUUCCCAAUAAUCAACUUCUAGUACUGACAGAUUCCACUAGCAUGCGGAGUAGGAUAGUAAAUCAGGAUGCUCAUAACUUUGUAUGUCUGACCCAAGUGCCAAAGGCAGACGUGCUUUAUAGCUAAAUGAACAAAGCAAAGGAUAUUACAGAGGUCUGUUCUCUCUUAGAAGCUAACUGCCCUGAGACUGCAUGGCUCAGGCCUUAAUUAUGGACAUAAAAAGUCAUAAAACUUUAGAGCUGGAAGGAAUCUUAACUGUUAAUCUAGUUCAAUGCCCUUAUUUUACAGAUGGGAAAACUGAGGCCUGGGGAUAGGAAGGGAUUUUCCCAAGGCCACACACUGAGUUCAUAGCAGAGUUGGGACUGGAAUACAGGCCUUCUGACUCCUAGUUAAAUAUUCUCUACCCUACACCACAUUGAGUCCUGGGACUUUUCUCGUAGGACUCUAUUAACAGUAACAGAAGGCCAUUGCCAUUCAAUUUUCUGGAACCAUGCCAACUUAGUGUACUGGUCUUUAUGCAGUGCAUGGUGGGUAGCUAAUUAACUAUCAGGUGUUGAGGCUGCCCCAAGUGGACAUCAUCUUUGGCUCUGUCACCUGUAGAAGCUCAAGUGUGGAAAAAACAAACAAACAAACAAACAAUCCCUAACCAAGCUGUACCUUCGCCUACUCUUUGCUGCACACAUUGUGCUCACUCCUGGCUUUGUCUGCAAUGGCAAUUGCCUGAAAACCUAAAUUUCAGCAACAGUGGAGAACUGAGAUGAAAGACCUAUAAUGCAGAGAACUGACUUCUCUUUUAAAAAAUACCAAGAGCCUGUGUUGUGAAUCCACUUCAAUGGGAAAAGGCUGCAGUGGGGAUGGCAGGCUCCUAAAGACAGCUGUUGUUAAAGACACAAGAAUUAGAUCCAGUUUCCCUCUGUAAGUGAAUCCAAAAUUCACUAAGGAAUUCAGAGAUUGAGGGCACUUGCUUGAAAUCAAGGUGCUCCAACUUAGUUUAAGACUUCCAGACUCUGACUUUAUAUAUCAUCUCUUUUAAAGUGUGCAUGGAUGUGUAUUGCAGAGUGGAGAGGUGGAGAGAAAUGUAUAGUCAUACACAGGGGGAAGAAGAAGAGAACAUCCAUAUCUCUUUGUUGGAUAUAUACUAUAGAAAUAUGUGCCACUCAGUUUUUGUUGGUUCUGAAUCUUCCUGAAGUAUACUGACAUUUGGGCUGUACACAGCCUCAUACUUUCACUUUCACCUCCUCUUCUAGAAUUGCUUUGCUCUAUUUUUGUAUAUAUAAAUAUGUUAUGAUUAUUAUUAAUAAUGUUAAUGAUAUUGCUGCAAAUGGUGCCAUAUAUAAGGUUUGGCUUCUUGGAACAUUAUAAACCCAAACCAAUACCUGUAACCUCUUAUGUUGCUUUCAGAUCUUUCAAUUUUAAGUAACUUUUAAAAAUCUUACAAGUCUGCCUGAUUGAACUUUGACUUAUCUACCUACCCCUAAAGCUGUGCCCAGUUCUCUGAGUCCAGCUGGAUGGUGAUGAGUAGCAACACACACUUCUCCCCGCUUCUGCCUGAAAUUUGCUUAGAACUGAGAUAUAUAAGGAUUCUAUGACACUAGUGCAUUGUUCCUGGAGCUAAAGUUAUUCUAUGGAUGUUUGCUUACUAGUAUCAGGGCCCAAACUAACACAAGUUCCUCCUCUUUGAUAGCUCCUUGAUAUCCCAAUCCUGCAGUCCUUACUCAGGCAAAUUGUGCACUGCCAGAGGGGCCCUGGGCUCUGCCAUACACCCAGAAGAGCUCUUCUCAGUGUGUUUCUAAAUGGCCUUACACUUGGUAGAAGAAACUGAAGGGUUACUCAAAUGCAAUUGCAAUCUGCAAUCUGCUGCUGAGUCAGGGCUUUCACUUGUGUCCAAGUUGGCCUGAUACGGGCUGCAUCUGGUUUACGUAUAGAUGGGUCCUGUUGGGGUAUGCGUACAGAUGUGUGAGUGUGCAUUUGCGUCCCUUCUGUGAAGUUAUAUAUAUGUAUAUGUAUAUGUAUAGUAUAUGUAUAUGUAUAUAUAUAUGUGUGUGUGCGUGUGUGUGUAAAUAUAUAUAUUCACACAUCUCUAUAUAUUUUAAUG